AUGGGCAACACAUGCCGUGGGUCAAUCGGAGGCAAACCUUUUCCGGGCUACACUCAGCCCGAAGACCAACCGAACAACGCCAAGCCCAAAUCAUCCUCCACUCGCUCCAACUCUUCUGACACCCAUUCCUAUACGAGCCUUGCCCCUCAAGAAUUUUCCAAGAACGGUAUAAAAGAUUCAAAUUUCCCGCCUCCCGUCAGCCCAAGGAAAGAUAUCACCAUGAGCCGAGGCUCCACGAACCAAGCUUACUUCGUGCUCGGCCACAAAACCGCAAACAUCCGUGAUCUUUAUGUCCUCGGCCAUAAAUUAGGACAGGGCCAAUUCGGCACGACUUAUUUAUGCACAGAGAUCUCAACCGGCAUUGAGUAUGCCUGUAAGUCGAUAUCAAAGAGAAAGUUGAUCUCGAAAGAAGAUGUUGAAGAUGUCCGGAGGGAGAUUCAGAUUAUGCAUCAUCUUGCCGGGCAUAAGAAUAUAGUCACCAUUAAAGGGGCUUAUGAGGAUCCACUGUAUGUCCAUAUUGUGAUGGAGCUAUGUGCUGGCGGUGAAUUGUUUGACCGUAUAAUUCAAAGGGGGCAUUACAGUGAGCAGAAGGCAGCCGAGCUGACUAAGAUCAUUGUAGGAGUUGUUGAGGCAUGCCAUUCGCUCGGGGUCAUGCACAGAGACCUUAAACCGGAGAAUUUCUUGUUGGUUAACAAGGAUGAUGAUUUUUCUCUCAAAGCUAUUGAUUUCGGGCUGUCUGUUUUCUUUAAGCCAGGUCAGAUUUUCAAGGAUGUGGUGGGGAGCCCAUAUUACGUGGCGCCUGAGGUUCUUUUGAAGCAUUAUGGCCCAGAAGCGGACGUGUGGACAGCAGGGGUUAUAGUAUAUAUAUUGCUAAGUGGUGUACCUCCUUUUUGGGCUGAAACUCAGCAGGGAAUAUUCGAUGCUGUAUUGAAAGGACAUAUUGAUUUCGACUCUGAUCCUUGGCCACUAAUAUCAGAAAGCGCUAAGGAUCUUAUCAGAAAGAUGCUAUGCAUGCAGCCGUCCGAGCGGUUGACUGCUCAUCAAGUAUUAUGUCAUCCUUGGAUAUCUGAAAAUGGUGUCGCGCCUGACAGAGCCCUGGAUCCAGCUGUCCUUUCUCGUCUCAAACAAUUUUCUGCAAUGAAUAAGUUGAAGAAAAUGGCAUUACGGGUUAUAGCUGAAAGUUUGUCAGAAGAGGAGAUUGCGGGCUUAAGAGAGAUGUUUACAACCAUGGACACUGAUAACAGUGGAGCAAUCACAUUUGAUGAGCUGAAAGCUGGUUUAAGAAAAUAUGGAUCCACUUUAAAAGAUACUGAAAUACGUGAUCUUAUGGAUGCGGCUGAUGUAGAUAACAGUGGAACCAUUGACUAUGGAGAAUUUAUAGCAGCCACGAUUCAUUUAAAUCAACUAGAACGCGAAGAACAUCUUUGGGCUGCAUUCCAGUACUUUGACAAGGAUGGAAGCGGUUAUAUUACAGUCGAUGAACUUCAGCAAGCCUGUGUAGAACACGGUAUGACAGAUGUUCCACUUGAAGACAUUAUCAAAGAAGUUGACCAAGAUAAUGAUGGGAGGAUUGAUUAUGGGGAAUUUGUUGCUAUGAUGACAAAAGGCAAUGCUGGUGUUGGGAGGCGAACAAUGAGAAACAGCUUAAAUAUAAGCAUGAGGGGUGGUUCGGGAGCUCUUUAG